CCUCACUCACUGCACAAUCUAACGAUCAGUAGCAGCAGCACCAGCACCAGGGGCACGGAAAGCACCGCUCGCUCACACCAUCCAUCCAUCUACGCGUCAGUCCUCCUCCUCUUGCCCUGCGGGCUCUCGACUGCCGCAGAAGACGACGCACCGCUGCUGUUGCUGCCGCUGCUGCUACUGCUGGUAGACGAGCCAUCGCCUGAAGGUCCGCUCUGAUCAUCGGCAGCAGCAGCAGCAGGAGGGGUGGCGGUGAGGAGGGGUGGGAGGGGCUGGUGGUGUGGCGGGGCCGCCGCUGCCGUGCUGAUCUUGCGGCACUCGAAGGAGCCAGUGUGGUCGUUGGAGAAGAGGAUGUUGCCGUCUCGCUCCUGGAUCCAUGUGCCCUUCAUGAAGAGGCCCGACGGGGCCACCACCGCCGAGCAGAUGUUGGUCCACUCGUCGUCGUCGUUCCUGUCCCGCCCUCGCUGAUGAGUCACGAAACUGUUGCCAUGCUGCACACACACACACACACACACACACACACACAGAGAGAGAGAGAAUAAGUGGCCCGUCAGCCUCAGGCGGUGGAGGAGUGUCGGCGUGAGUGAGUCGGCUGACUGACCAGUUUGCCAGUGAUCUCGAAGAUCCAUGGUUCGGUCGCCGUGCCGGUCACCCACUUGCCGUGUUGGCUGAGCCGCAUGUCGUACUCGUAAGCCCCCGAAGAGUCGUAGCAGCCCUUCACGCGCCAGUACCCUGCACACACAACACACACACACACGCACACACACACACACCUCUGUGCAGGUGACAUCUGCCGAUCAUUUGCCGCAAGCACCUGUAAGGCUGAGUGUGCAGAUCUCCCUGACAAGGGAGCGAUAGCACGGCGGCGCCGCGGGCUCGCUGUCCGGGUCACAGUAGUGACACAGCCGCCUGAAAUGAUCACACACACACACACACACACAUCCUCAAACUCAUUGCGGCCGUCCUUCUGGCGUACGCACGGUGGCGCACCCACCUGUGGAUGGGCUUCCAGACUUUGGUGUCGGCUGCUGGUGAGGUGACGGCAUCCCUCAGCCUCCUGCAGGUCCUUGCGGCCCGCCCGAGAGCCCUCACAUCCAGGUAUUCGAGCAGGAUCAGCAGUAGGUCGUCCUCCAACUCAAUCUCGAGAGCAGACUGCUCCGCCAUCAUCACCGUUCAUCACCCAAGGCUUU